AUGCUUCUUAACCCCUCGCACAAAAUCACCUUCAGUGGUCUGCCCCCGGACGUCCUGGACCCUUAUGUUCGAUAUAAGAAAGGGACUCGUGCCCUGGUGGCCUGGUUCAUUCAGUACAGUCCGUCGCCGAACCGAAAAGUCAAGAGUCUGCCUAUCAAGGAACUGGAAUCUCUGGCGCAAGCCGCCUCCACCAAGCUUCGGUCGCUCCCGGACAUUGUGCACUUUUACUUUCGAGAGACGAUUGCGGCGCGCAAGAAACUGAGCAAGUACUUCCGGGGAAACGUAGAUGAAUGCGCCGAGGAUGUAGAUACCAUCAACCACGAACACUUUACUACCAGUCUCGCACAGAUCUACAACAACCUCUGUGCCUGCUGCGAGCAGACGAACUCACGAGCUCAAAAGCAACAGACCAAAAACAAUCUGGCACAGCGCACCAAUGCCCUGGUCAACCACUACAACGGCCUGUCAGUGGAAGACGUGGACGAUGACGACGAGACCGAAGAGCCUUUGCCCGCGUUGUCCAGUUGUCCCGAAUGCACUGUGUCCGCUUCCCCAUCGUGUGACGACGAGAGUGCCGAAGUCCACUUUAGCGACGAUGGACUCGGCAUUAUGAUGGAGGUGGCGGCGGCCGUGGAGCGAAUCAAGGACAUCACAUCCUCGGUGGAACGAUGCUGGGACCUUGCGGGAAAGAAUCAGCUGUCGUUCCCGGUCGCCGCGUUCAUCACCAAUGUUGCAUUUGCAUCCAUUCGGCAAGUCGGGAUCGAACUGCUGCAGCAUGACGAGAACAUGACCGUGUCGGGUCUCCAUCGCACAUUUUGUUCCUUCAACCGCUCGGGACGGGACACAUCGUCUGGACCUAAUGGCGACGAAACAGAAUCAGCCAACCAUGAGCUUUUGGACCAGUUGCAGAACAUGGAACAAGCUCUGUUCUACUAUCGCGACGGGCAUCGGUCCUUGACCAUCCAGUCGUGUCCGACCUGCGUCCAGAAACCCGCCGAUUACCUGCAGCUGCCUACGGGAGAGGAUUGUUCGGGCAAACAUCGACUGGCCGAGGCGAUCCUCGACAACAUCUACCACCUGAUCGCCAGCAAAGAGGUGCCGACCAGCAUCGUGAGAAACAGUUCCCCGACGUACGCCGACGCCGGGUACCUCAUCACUCGGCCCGACGAACAAACGCAAUCCUGGUCGGCCGUGUUCGGCCUCCACCUACUGACCAGCGGCUACAAGAGCUAUCUGCAGUCGGUGGAAUCGGCCAGCGCCAUUUCCAAAUGUCGCUUGACCUCUUUGCGGCUCGCUCAACAGGCCUCAUCUCAAAUCGCCACACUGCUCAAGGACAAGACGUGCUGGCCGUGUCGGUGUACCCAGACUCUGGCGUACCACCUCCAGAACCUCGAGUUCGACUUGCGCGCCUACGCCAAGCAUCGAUGCUGGGACUUGUACUUCCAAUCACCGUGGGUGGCAGGCAAUCACGUUCUCGAAAUGCUCGACCUGUGCCACUACUAUGGAAUGCGGGUGUUCAACUACCGCCACUACGUGGGCGCUGUCUUGCACUCGUACAACGUCCUUCAACAGCUCGGCGGCCUCGAGGAGAUCCCUAUUCUAGAAAGCCUGUGCACCCAGUUCAGUGGCAUGUUUUUCCCCGGCGGCACGCGUCCCAAGGCAAGCUUCCGCGCCUGUUGGGGUCGGUACGUCGGCGCCCGGCUCAAGUUCAAAAAGGGCCAUAAGAGAAACGACCGCGACAGCUGGUGCAUGGCCAUCCCCGCGCACGCUGCCAGACGCGCAGCAGGCCUCGGUGCCAAGAGCGAACACGACGAGCUCCGUUCCGACUGUCUGCUGUUCAAGAUCAAACAGCAGGAUUACUAUCUCAGUGAUGAUCAGUGGGACAACGUCAACAACAGCAGCAGCAGCUCUACACAGCCAACGAUCAAGGAUGGUGGCCGGAAAGAAUCGGCCGCCUCAAGCAGGCGGAGCUCGUCUUUGUCGACCUCGACCGUAAGCUCGACCUUUUCACGCAGCUCCAGUGCCAGUUCCAACACCAGCUUUGGUUCUAUGUGUGGCUCUUCUGGUAAUGGUAGCAGCAUGACACCCCUACUGGCCCUCGCUCAGACCCUGCAGCGGACAUGCGACCAGUCGGACUCGGCGCUCCUGCCGACUCCUCGCUUGAAUCUGUUCGCCGUCUUUGAGUACUGUGUCCGUGUUGUUUCGAGGCUCUCGGACGCCACACACACGGGAAAAGAGGAACGUGGAAUGAACUGUAUCUGCUUCGCUAGUUCUAUUUUGACUGCUGCCGACCGCAUUUGUGACAGUCGCAGACUGGGCCGGAUCGAGACGUGGAAGAAGGACGAGCGCGAGUGCGUCAACUUGACCAAGAGUGCCAUUCACGACGUCUUUACUAAUGUCAAGGCCGAAGACCUGUUAUGGAAUAUUUGA